AAGGACAAAAACAUUAAAAACUAUUAAAAAUGGCCGACACACGGCGUCGUGUGAAGGUAUAUACUUUAAAUGAAGAUCGGCAAUGGGACGAUAAAGGGACUGGCCAUGUAUCGCAUACAUUCGAUGCUAGAGUACACAGUACAACUCUUAUAGUUCGAGCCGAACAAGAUGGUUCAGUAUUACUAGAGUCAAAAAUACUGCCAGACACUGCUUAUCAGAAACAACAAGAGACUUUAAUUGUUUGGUCUGAAAGUGAUAACACAGACUUGGCUCUCAGUUUUCAAGAAAAACCAGGAUGUGAUGAGAUUUGGGAGAAGAUUUGUCAGGUUCAAGGUAAAGAUCCCUCCGUCAGCAUAACUCAAGAUGUUGUUGAUGACGCAGACGAUGAAGAUCGAUUGGACGGAGGUUCUGACCUCGGAAUCUCAUCAAAUGAACCUGUCGAACUUCCACCAUGUGAGCUCAGCCAACUCGAAGAAAUUGAAAAUCUAUUCGCGUCAUGUUUACCGACUUUAACGAGACGUGAAAAACUAGCAGUAGCUGUAGAAAAUUGUGGAUACAUCCAAAAACUUUUAACUUUGUUUCGUAUGAACGAAGACCUUGAAAAUGUCGAUGGUUUACAUCAUUUGCACGAAAUUUUCAAAACUCUUUUCAUGCUUAAUAAAAAUAGCAUUUUUGAGGUUAUGCUCGACGACAAAAAUAUCAUGGACAUUAUUGGUUGUCUCGAGUAUGAUCCAGCGAUCGGAGAACGACGCAAACAUCGAGAUUAUCUCACAAACGAUGCUAAAUUCAAAGAAGUCAUUCCGAUAACGAAUCCUGAAUUGAAGCGUAAAAUUCACCAAACUUUUCGAGUGCAGUACAUACAAGAUGUCAUUCUUCCAACCCCUUCUGUAUUUGAAGAAAACAUGCUCUCUACUUUAAAUUCAUUUGUUUUUUUCAAUAAGGUUGAAAUUGUCAACAUGGUACAAGACGAUGACAAAUUUCUACGUUUGCUGUUUGAGCAGUUGCAGGAUGAAUCACAAAGCAAUGAAAGAAGGCGAGAACUCGCUGGAUUUCUUCGAGAAUUGUGCACUUUUUCACAGAUGUUACAGAUCAUGAAUCGAGAUGAAUUUUUUAAGCAACUAGUCGAGCUUGGCAUCUUGCAAACGGUCGAAUUACUUCUUUCGUCAGAUGACGCGAUGCUACGACAACUUGGCGUCGAUAUCUUUGCACAUGUGGUGGAACACAGCCCAUCAAUGGUUCGCGAAUUCGCGCACAAAGAGAUGGAAGAGAACCAAACAAACGACGAUGAAUUGCUGAUUAACCUCGUCAUCGAACAGAUGAUUUGCGAUCCAGAUCCCGAAUUGAGUGGUGCAAUGCAGUUAAUGAAUCUACUUCGAAUUCUCUUAGACCCAGAAAAUAUGAUGGCCAACAAGAAUGAGAAAACAGAGUUUCUAAGUUUUUUCUAUUAUCACUGCAUGCAUGUAUUAAUGGCUCCGUUACUCGCUAACACAGCUGAAGAUAAAAUCGGUAAAGGAGAUUAUCAGACGGCAAAUUUACUCAGUCUCAUUUUGGAGUUGAUAACAUUUUCUGUCGAGCAUCACACGUACCAUGUAAAGAACUACAUUCUGAACAAGGACCUCUUGCGGAGGAUUUUGAUUCUUCUCAAUUCAAGGCACAGAUUCCUUGCUCUUGCAACGUUACGGUUUCUGAGAAAGAUCAUCAGCAUGUCGGACGAACUCUAUAAUAAAUAUAUCGUCAAAGGUGACUUGCUACAACCUGUCGUUGAUGUUCUUUUCCUAUCAGGAAAACGAUACAAUCUUCUUAAUUCUGCUAUUUUAGAGAUGUUUGAAUACAUUCGCACAGAGGACAUGAAACUUCUAAUCACAUAUAUCGCUGAAAAACAUCUACAAUCCCUAGAAAAAAUUGAUUAUGUGCAAACAUUCAAUGGAAUAAAACAACGAUACGAACAGCAGAAAGAUCGUGCAAACAGACUAGGCGAACCAAUGGAUUCAUUGGACACUUCGUUAGAAAUAGAAAAUAAUCGAUUUCGACGAGACGCUCGAACCAUGGAUGAGGACGAAGAGAUGUGGUUUGAUGCAGAAGAGGAGGAAGGAGACAUUCUACUUUCACUCACAACGUCGUCAGAGGAUCCCGACAUGCCAAAGGUCAAUAUUGAUAAAAUUCUCGAGGUCGAGAAAAGGGAGGAAGCAGACACAGUGAAGCUCAUUACAAAGCCUGCAGAAAUAAGCGUUAACAUAACAUCAAGUCCAAAUAAUAUAAUCUCAGAUAAAAAGAAUCAAAUAGCAGCUCUAACCAAUGAAUGUGCUAAAGUUACCAAUGUUAAUGGAAUUGAAACUAAUGGAGAACCAAAUGCAGAACAUGUUACAGCGAUUCCGCCAUCGGAAACAACUACCUCCACACCCAUUGUCACUGUUAAAACAGGGCUGGUCGGACUCGUUGAUUACUCUGAUGAUGAAAGUGAAGAAGACGAAGAAAGCAACGGUGAUGCUAACAAAAAUGGAAAGGAUGCAAGCCUUCUGAACAGUGCCAAAGCUACAGAGUCACCACCUCACUCAACAGAACCUGCAAGAAAAAAGCCUCGUCUACAGGCAGUUGUAGAUAGCAAUUGACAAUUUUCUAAUCGAUAGAAAAGUUUAUCUUCCUGUGAAAUUGUUUUUUACGGGAAAUAAUGUUCGAAUUCCAUCGGCUCAGUUGGUACUAACUAAACUUGCCUGAGUUGAAACGUUGCAAGACCAUGUUCUGCCUACGUUUCUGGUUGAUCAUGACCCAACACAACAUUUUAAACUUCUCUAUCCGAAACUGCCAAAUAUGCUUCGUUCCUACUUUUUAUAUUGAAAAUCAUUGAAGAAGUCUCAGGUCUGCAGUUUGCACAUGCUUGAGAUCUUCUCAAGUUUCGUACUGAUGGAGAUAUGUCAACAAGAAGCCUAUUUUCUCUUGUUAGUUUGAUGGAAGGAAUACAAUAUUUCUCGACCAAUACCCAGACAUGAACGUCCAUAUCAUGAAGAAGUAUAGUUUACAAAGGAUUCAUAAUGAUAUAUUCGGCCAUGCUCCUAAGUACAAGUUACGGCUACCAGCAGAGGACUAAUAAAGCAGUAGAUGUGGUUGGGACUUUGACUCCGCAAUUGAUUUUGAAUAUGCCACAUCAGACUGGGAAUUUGUAUGCAGAUUAGUAUUCAUGCAAUUCCAAGAAACAAAAUAUUCUGCUUCGUGCCCCACAACUAAGACAAAUGAAAAUAUUGUGUUAGAAUUCUGAAUAUUAUUCCAAAUUAAUUGAAAUUAGCUGUGUUUACAACAUCUUUGAACAGAUUGCAUUUAAAACAGCAAGAGUUCAUUGUCUGUGUGUUAUUUCUUUUAAAUUUUAUCAGCAGUAUUUAAAAAGUUAUUGUCAUGCCAAUCAACCGGCCAGUAUCUCUGAAUACUUGUUUCGACUCUAUUGAAUUGUGGUCCAUCCACAAUUAUCAUAGAAAAUAGUUUAUAUUUCUGUGUAGAAAUGUAAUUAUAAAGAUAGAUUGAAACUAAGCGCCACGCUUACUAAUCCGAAUUCGGUACUUCGAAGUAUGACAGUCACCGGAACAUAGUAUGUGUACCUGGUUAGGGUUAGGCUAUAAUUUCAGUUACAAAUACUGCGGAAGACACUUGACUAGUCCCCGAACUCGUAAUAGAACAAAAAAAAAAGGAAAAUUGGAGUAAAAUUAUGGCCCAACCCUAACCUGGUACACAUACUUACUACGUUCCGGUGUUCGCCACAAGGUAAUUUGAAUGUCUGUUUUGGUCUUUGUCAUGAAAGUAACUAACCACAAGUAAUGAAUCAUUUGGCAUCGGUUACUGUUGCAUCACAUUAGAAGUAAACAAUCUGUGACAAUGAUCAAUUUUUUGAUUAAACAAUUUACUUAUUCUGCUGCUCAAUGUUUUCCCCUUGUAGAAUAAUCGAAAGUUAUCGAAAUUCAGGCACAUUUACCACAGCAAAUAUGGUUGUCGAUUCUAAUGGUUUGGUAUUUCGAGUAAUAAUAUGAAGUUUGUUCAAUAUUGCGACAAAAUGAUAAACAAGAUAAAAUUCGCCUUUUUGGCAAUAUAAUAUUUCAUAGAGAUGAAAAUAUAUCCUAAGAAAACAUUCGAUUAUUAAUAAAAUUUAUUGUAGCAAAAAGUAAAAAAUCUUUUUCAUCUCACAUGAGAAAAUGCAAACUAAUAAAUGAGCCUGUAUUUUUGAAAUCCCUUUUUAAUUACCUUUUAAAGGGGUUACAGAAGAAUUUGUUGCUCACAUGACCAAUCAACAUAGUCUUAUCAUACUUGGCUAUGAAUCCUUGUUACUAAUGCAAGAGUUAUCAAAAGUAAUCAAAAUGUCAUUCAAACAUGUUUAAAAUUAUUGGGGGUGUUGGUCGAAUUUAUUUUGAAUUUUGUCACCAGUAGAUGCAGAAUUAUUUUUGUUCACAAAUCUCCAAAAAUUAAUCGUUCAUUUGACCUCAAGAGUUAUAUCCUAUUUUUUCUGCAGAGUGGCCGCUAUUAAUUUACAAAUUCAAUCACUCAUUUCAGGAAUAUUUCUUUUGAAAGACAAAAACUGAAACAGAAUUGAAAAUAAUUUCUAUUUUAUUGAUGGAAUCGUUAUAUUCCAGUCAUAUUACAAUGGUUCCCCAAAUGUCUUUAUUUUCAAAUUAUCAAAUUUUUAAAAGUUGCAUGUAGACUUUGUGAUACUAACAAACCCUAAGUUUGUCUAAAACCUAAAAACAUAGAAACAGAUUUCCAAUCUUUAGCCGAACCAAGAUCUCAUUAUCAGCACUAAUGAUAUCUGGAUGUACAGUCUAAUUAUGUUUCGUUCUUGGUAUAUUUCUGGAGCUUCGAAGUGAUAGUUAUCUGUCCUCUGUAUCCUACUUUGGUCGAUACCGUCAUGUGUUCAAAUAAUUCCUAUUUAAUAAAUAUCACAAUCAUUAUCAAGUUUUGAAAUUUAUCUUGGUCAGUUCCAACAACAUUGCCUUCCCAAGCAAGAGGCUGUCUAUUGUUUUAAAAGCCUGAGUAGCGAAGAAAGAUAUUAUGUUUUUGUACUUUUCUCACUCAGUUGUAAGCCUGCUUUUUUUGUAAGGGCGAAUAUUUCGUUUUUAAAAGCAAAACAGACCAUGUCACAUUUUUUUCUUUGUGUCUGUUUUCUAUCAAGAACAUAUCUUUGAAUCAUAUCUGGCGAAACAUAGAUUGUGAUAAUUAAAAUCUUAAGAUUUUUUGAAGCCUCGAAUGUAUUCCGAGUCUUCAUAUUAGUGUUAUAAGUUUGAAUAUUUUUCUAAAAUUAUAUUCGAUAGGACUUUUAGUUAUUUUUCUGGUAUAAACCAGUCUAUUGGAGAUUCACUGUAGCAAUAUUUUUGGCGCUCCAGAAGUAUGUGUACCAAUAUGGAGGUAACUAAUUUUGUUUGCCUUCUCUACAUCAAGUUGUGUAAAGGGACUGGAGUCUAUGGGCAGGGGGAUAUUCACUUGGCUAACUCAGAACCUGUGAUAGAACUAUAAUAAGAAAUAUUUGAAUAAAAUCAUGGCCUAUUCCUAACCUGGUACACAUACUAUGGGAUUACCAUAUAUAUGCUAACUAUACAAGGAUAGGAUUUCAUAUUUUUGAAACUUGUUUCUGGAUGUCAUAUUAUAUAUUGAAAGCUAACCUUGUUUUGUCCCAUUUAUGAUCUGAAGAUAUGUCUCCUCAGAAAGUUGGAUUUGUCUCAUCCUGCUGAACUUUUUUUAAUUGUUGUAAAAUACAAUAGUGCUAAUGCCGCACUUUUUAUAUUGUU